AAAAAAAAAAAAAAAGACAUAAAAAGGCCGGAUCGGAGGGGUGUGGGUGGCGGAACAAAGUGGCGGUCCCAAAGCGCAUAUCUCUUUUCUUUUCCACUCUUCAUCUCUUUUCUUUCUUCCUCGCAUAUCCAUCACAUAACACAAUAAAAACUAAGCAUGCUUCUGCUCAUUGUCUCGGCAAUCCAGGUUCGUUUUGAACAAUCAAACCCGCAUUGCCUUUUUUUUUAUAAUCACACCCCUGGCAUGUAAAAUGCUAACCUUCCUUGGUCCUUUUUUUUUUCUGUUUUCUACAAUAAUGCAAAUAUAGGCUGUAUUACAAGUCAUGAUC